CCUCACGUGAUCAUCCCUGAUACACAUGCCUGGCAUCUGCAAGUGGCAAUGCCAUCUCUUUCUCUCUCUUUUCUGAACUCCAUUGUGUGAGUGACUGAGUCACUGAAAACAACGAAAAAGGGGUUUCUUUUUGCAUCAUUCUCUUCGAUUUUCUCUCUUUGCAUUCAAGUUUUUUUGUUCACUUUGGGAGCAACUUCUUAAUGUUCACUUUGGGAUUGUUCAUUGCCUUGGUUGCUGACAAGCUGCAACUAUGAAGGGCUUACUCUCUCCCACUUCCCUUCUUCAAAUUACUCUCUUUCUUCUUGUUUUUCUUUUAGUUGUUAACAAGUCUCAGGGCUCUCCAAUCACUACUAAAGUUGAUGCGUUGCCUCCUGCUUUCCCUCCAAGUACACAGCCACAACCCUUUAUUCCUCUUAUAGCUCCUUCCCCAUUGAGACCUUUCACAAAUAAUUCUGUGCCCAAGUUAUCAGGCCUUUGUUCAUUGAAUUUCUCUUCUGCUCAAGAUAUAAUGACCACAACUGCUACUGAUUGCUGGACAUCCUUUGCUCCAUAUUUGGCAAAUGUUGUAUGUUGUCCUCAAUUUGAUGCCAUGCUGGUGACCCUCAUAGGACAGUCGAGCAAAUACUCUGGGGUGCUAGCUCUGAACGCAACUCAUGCUAGUCACUGCCUCUCUGAUGUUCAGAAGGUCCUCGUCGGUCAAGGAGCAAAUGAGAAUCUUAGAAAAAUAUGUUCAGUCAACCCAACAAAUCUCACUGAGGCCUCUUGUCCCGUUGUAUCCGUGGAUGAAUUUGAGAGUGUUGUAGAUACUUCGAGACUACUGACUGCUUGUAGAAAAAUUGAUCCUGUAAAUGAGUGUUGUGAUCAAGUUUGCCAAAAUGCCAUAGACUAUGCUGCUAGAAAAAUUGCCUUAAAUGAUUUGUCUACUUCAGAUGGAAACCAUAGCAUGCCUGGGCCAGUAGCUAGGAUCAAUGAUUGCAAGAAUAUUGUUGUACGUUGGCUGGCUAGUAAACUUGAUCCAUCCACUGCAAAUAGUGUUUUUAGAGGACUGUCAAAUUGCAACCUAAACAAAGUAUGCCCAUUGGUUUUUCCAAGUGUCUCAAGUGUUGUGAAAGAAUGCGGCAAUCUCAUACAUAACCAAACAGCUUGCUGCAAAGCCAUCAAAAGUUAUGUGUCCUAUUUGCAAGAACAGAGCUUUGUAACCAAUCUGCAGGCCUUGAAAUGUGCUGCAUCACUUGGAAAGAAAUUGCAGAAUGCAAAUGUCUCCAAGGACGUUUAUAGUCUUUGUCAUAUAAGCCUGAAGGACUUUUCUCUUCAAGUUGGAUUGCAAGAAUCUGGCUGCCUUUUGCCGAGUUUGCCAUCAAAUGCAGUAUUUGAUGGAACUUCAGGGAUUGGAUUCAUUUGUGACCUUAAUGACAACAUUGUAGCUCCAUGGCCAACAUCUUCAUAUCUGCUUCCAUCCUCAUGCAAUAGAACUACAAAACUUCCAUCUCUUCCUACGGCAACAUCCUCACAAAAUGGUCUUUUCAUUAAUACCUUGGUUUUGCCUCUCCUCUUUACCUCUAUACUACUUCCAAAGAGGCUUCUUUAACCUUGGAGUUCACUGUAUUUAAGGUUUUUUGGCUACAAGGAUUUUCCAGAUAAGUUGUCUAUUCUUUGAGGAUCCAAGGAAGAACUAUGUUCUUAUUCUUAUCCAAUCAUCAAAUAUGUUUAUAUUUUCACCAGUGAAUGAGUACAGAAAUACUAUUUUGAGAUAGUCUUUCUGGUAGAUUCAUGAUUGUAUUCUACUAUUACCAAAUAUCAUUGUUUCAAUAUUCUUUGAAAUUGUAAUAAGUUUUGUUUUCCGUACAAAGAAUAGUAUAAAUAUAAAAAACCAUUAUCUCA